GAGAGGCCAGCGUCGCACCGGGGCGGCCUGGGACCCGCCCUCUCCCACCCAGGCUGCGCGCGAGGGGGCUCAGCCCCGGGGCCGCCCUCUGGGGACCCUCGGCCCUCCCGGCGCCUGGGCGGCUGAUGGAGACGCGGGGUGCCGCGCUGGGUGCAGGUGACACCCGCGGGAUCCAGGUUUCUGCUGGAGGCGGAAAGCGCUCCGAGGACCCGACGCAGGCACCUCGGGGGCCAGGGAUCAGGCAGCGAUGGCCCGAGAGCUGAGCCAGGAGGCACUGCUGGACUUCCUGUGCCAGGCUGGGGGUCGGGUGACCAACGCCACGUUGCUGAGCCACUUCAAGAGCUUUCUCCGAGACCCCAAUGCGGACCCCAGCCAACACCAGCACCGCCGCGAGCUCUUCAAGGGCUUCGUGAACUCGGUCGCCGCAGUGCGCCAGGACCCCGACGGCACCAAGUACGUGGUGCUCAAGAGGAGGUACCGGGACCUUUUGGGGGAGGAGGGACUGCAGAGACCCCGUGAGCCUCGGGAGGCCGCCGUCCCUGCCGGGGGAGCGGCGUCCUGCUCCUCGCCCGGCGCGCGCCGCGGGGAGCCGCCACCGCCGCAGUCCCGCCGGCGGCGCCGCGAGAGGAAGCGAGAGGAGGAGCCAGCAGGUGCCGCAGCCCCGGCUCCGGACGCGGGUUGCAAUGGUCUCCCCGCCAGCAGGGCCCGGGAGGCGGCCCGGGAAGAGCGCAGGCGGAAGGGCAGCCCCAGCCAGAGGUCACCCGCACCCGUGGCUCAGGCGAUCGCGGCCCAGGUGGGCAGCAGGUGUGCGGCGGUCGAGACGCGGGGCAGCUGCUGCUGGGAAUGCCAGCAGAACGGCCUGGGGCGGUUGCAGGGAGACCCAACGGCCCGAGCACUCCCGGACUCUGCCGUCACCGGGGAGGAGCCGGCGCGGGCUCCACCUGCCCGGGGGCAGCCGCAGCAAGACGCACCCACCGAGCGCGCACCAGUACCUGAAAGUCCCCGCUCAGAACCUGCCACCAUCCAGGCUUCUGGGAGCCGGGCGUCGCCGCCUGCUUUCCCGCUGUGCCCGACUCCCUCCGGAGACCCGCCCGAGCUGAUGCCUUCGGGCUCGCUGCACCAUUCCACCCAUCAUCUGCAGCAGCUUCGCACUCAAGAGUGGGUGGCCAGACAUCCGCAAGUGCCCGAGGCCCGGGAGCAAGUUCCUAUCCGGGCCUGGUCGGUGCUGCCUGACAACUUCCUCCAGCUACCCUCGGGACCGGCUUUCUGGGUCUUGGAGACUACUAACACCGCGCUGUCCAAGUCUCCGCUUUCCUCUCACUCUCUCCAUCCUGGGAUUCCCGAAGGGUCUUCGGAAUCGUGGUCCGGAAACCAUCCACCGGAAGUUUUUCGUAGCAUACGUUGUCAGUUGUCCCUCCAAGAUCUCGAUGACUUUGUGGACCAGGAGAGUCAUGGCAGUGAGGAGAGCAGCAGUGGGCCCAAAGAGUCCCCUGGGGGUUCAGAAGAGGGACUGCCUGCUGCCCUGGGAACCCCAGAUUGGGGAAAGCUCAGGAAUCCCUUUGCAGGACUAUCUGUGUCUCCAAAGGAAGGCAGUUCCAGCCAGAGCCCUCAGACGCUCAGGAUCAGAGAGGAUGGCCACACUUCUCAGCAGGCCCCUGUGGGGGCUAAGGGAUACCCACAAGGGCCUCUGUCCUGGCCAGCUCCCAGGUUAAGGAGGUCCCUCAGAAGGAGCUAUGGGGCAGGCAGAGCCAAAUUGUCCUCCUCUGAUGAGGAGUACCUCGAUGAUGGCUUGCUGAAAAGGAAUCGGCGCCCACCGAGAUCCAGGAAACCCUCUAAGGCAGGACUGAUGCCUAGCCCACGGUUGGAUGCAGCUUUGACGCACAGAUUGUCAGAUGUUAAGACUGUUGUGGCAGAGAGAGGUCUGUCACACAGUACGUGGGUCUCCAGCAGGGAUGGGCAUGCGGCCUUGGUACCCCGAAGAUCUGAGCACAAGUCAUCCCUGGUCCCUUUAGAUGCUAGGGAGCAUGAAUGGAUUGUGAAACUUGCCAGUGGCUCCUGGGUUCGGGUGUUGACUUUGUUCUGGGAGGAUCCCCAGUUGGUUUUGCACAAAGAUUUCUUGACCGGGUACACUGCCUUACACUGGAUAGCUAAACAUGGCAACCUCAGGGCCCUGCAGGACUUGGUCUCCGGAGCACAGAAGGCAGGGAUUGCACUUGAUGCAAAUGUGAGGUCUGGUUGUGGGUAUACCCCACUACACCUCGCAGCUAUUCAUGGCCACCAGGGGGUCAUCAAAUUGCUAGUGCAGAAGUUAGCUUCUCGGGUGAACAUCCGAGACAGCAGUGGGAAGAAGCCAUGGCAGUAUCUAACCAGUAAUACCUCUGGGGAAAUAUGGCAGCUCCUAGGAGCUCCUCGGGGCAAGCCGAUUUUCCCUGUAUACCCCCUGGUCCGAAGCUCUUCCCCCACUAGGAAGGCCAAGAGCAGGGAUGUAUCUAGAAAUGUCACCCGAAAAACUUCCCUGGCUGCACUACUCAAAAAUCAGCACAGUAAAUGGAAAUUGGCCAGCCAGUAUGAGAAGUUCCAUGCUCCCCAGGAAAGAGAAGAGUACAGUGACUGAUGGAGUUUCCUCUCCAACAUGCAAGAACUACACCCCAUCUUUGAAUCACCAGUGAGAGAGUCUGGGAACUAGGUGCUGGGAGUUGUAAAGAGAUAGGUCAGGUGAAAUAGCCUUCCUGGAUUUCAAUCAGGACAGUGGAC